CUUGUGGUCUUUGUUGUAUGAUCUCUUUCCCAAGUAAAAUUAACCUAUACAAGAAGUUCCUUCCUUCCUAUGCAAGCCUUAAUUCCUCCAAACCAGUUCUUAUAUUGGAAUUGAUGCACACCAUUGGACAAAGAACAUGGAAAUCUCUCAGGUUAUUGAGGACAGAGAACCUGAAGCCAUGGAGAAGUUAAUACAGAAGGCAAAAGAUCCUUUGCCGUCUAAUUCCUGUAUUAUUCCCCAGGAGGAGUACACGAUACAGGAAAUAAAACCAGGGCCUCCCCAUGAAGCUCUGUUCCUUGUUUUAGCUUACCUUCCUUUAUUUGAACUUCUUGCCAUGGGUGAAGUCUGCAUGUCACUAAGAGAUGCAGUGCACAAGGAUGUGUUGCCAUGGCUGAAUAUCAUAGUCGAAAGGCCUUUGAACUUGAGAUUGACUGAUGAAAUUCUGAAGAACAUCGCUUCAAAAGCGAUUGGGAGGCUGAAAACUUUGGCUCUCAUGAACUGUGUAAAGAUUACGGAUGAUGGGCUUCAGUCGGUCAUAGACAGAAAUCAUGGUAUCAACAAGCUGUACAUUCCUACUUGCACCGGCUUAACAUCCGGGGGAGUCAUUAGGGCGGUGAAGACAUUAUCCGAACAUAAUCACAGCUUAAAGAGCCUGAGGAUAAAUGGCAUCUACAACAUAGAAAAAGAAGAACUUGAAAUACUUCGAUCUUAUCUUCAAAUGAACCUAUCUCAGCAGAUGCAGCAACCUAUGCUAUUUCACCACAGGAACUUAUCUAUGUUUAGCAACAAAAGUGAGCCUCUGAUUGACGUGGAUAUCUGCCCAAAGUGCAAAGAUGUAAGAAUGGUUUACGACUGUCCAAGAGAGGCGUGCAAGAGGAAGAAUAAGAAGCUGAUGCAUCCAACGGCCGGUUGCAAGGGGUGCAACCUUUGCAUUCCGAGGUGUGAAGAGUGUGGCGGAUGUUUGGAAUCUGAAGAAAUAGAAGAGACUGCUUGUGGAGACAGCUUGUGUUCAGAGUGCUGGCUGAAGCUUCCUAAGUGUAAUUUCUGUAACAGACCUUACUGCAACCAACAUACCCAUCGGCAAUGCAAGCACUCCAGCUCUUCUGAUUUUGUUUGUGAUGUUUGUCAUGAGAGAUAUGUAUGGAACUUCACUUGAUAUGCAGUAUUGAAAUAGUUUUAGAAGGUGAUAACGAAAAUCAAAUCUUAAUUAUCAUUUCAGCAUCUC